AUGGCAAUGAUCUUUUCACAAGGUCUAUGUAGCUGUGACAUUUUGGAAAAUGAAGGAAAUUUUAUCUUUUCUUUUGGACGGUUAAGCUUGAGGAGACCUAUGAAGAAGGGAGCUAGUGAUGCAGUUUCUCAUGAUUUUUUUGGAGGCUCUUUCUUCCCCUUCAUUUCAGACAUAUUCCCCUGGUUGAUGCUUAUGUUCUCGUAG